UCCUCUAAUUUUAUUUGUGUGGUUGCAGUUGUUUUGGUUUCAGAUGUUGUACUGUUUUCUGAAGGGAUGGAAAACGGCGACGACUGGUUAGCGCCGGACAAGCUCUAUCACUUUCUCUUCUGCUUCUUUCUUGCUUUCUUCUUCUCCGCCCUCGCAACCCUCAGCCGCUACCCGCUCCUACGCCGCCUUAGCAUCUGGGUUGGAUCCCUGUUCUCCCUCGCCGCCGGCGCCGCCAAGGAGGCCGCUGACGAGGUUGGCUUCUUCAAGUCCGCUGGCGCGUCCGCCAAGGACGCCGCCGCCGAUCUCCUCGGCACUGUAACCGCUUGCCUCCUCCUAUUGACCUGCAAACGCUACACUCGACCCGACGAUGCGGGCCAGCGUCGUGGGCCUUCGCUGGUUUGAUUCGUCGAUUUGGGUUUGAAAUUUUAAUGGUUCGCCUGGAGAUUUUCUCGAGUUCUCUUGAUUUUGGAGUUAUCAGGGUGGUUGUUGGAAGGCAGUGACUAAGAUAAAGGGGCAUAUCAGAUCUCAAUCCACUACUAACUUCAAAUCGCACAGUGUGACAUGUGAUGAGACUGUUCAAAGAAGCAUAAAAUAUAAGCUUAACGGCAGAAUAGACAGCUGCUCCAGACAACGUUCCGAGGACAGGAGCAGUCAGGUACACCCAUACAGCUCUGAAGUUGUUUGCAGCUAUGGCUGGCCCCAGGGUUCUCACCGGAUUCAUGGAAGCUCCUGUGGUUUCCCUGCAGCGUGGCGGGAAAAGGAAAGGUUUCAAGCUACAUCCUUAACACUAUUCAAAAUUUUUGUAUUUGGACAUUACGUGGAGAUUGAAUUCACUUAGUCACCCCUUUUUCUUAGUUUAGUGCUAGAAGGAUUGCCAUUGUUAGUUUUUUUCACAUACCAAAUGAAAGUGUUUGGCUUGUUUUUUUGUCGCAUUUGUUUACUAUGAAAAAUUAAAAAAUGAAGUCUAUCAUGGAAUAGUCCAGUAUUUGUGAAAGAAACCAUGUUUGUGUGUGCGUGUGUGUGCACGCGCAUGUACACGCAUUUCUGCCUGCCUUGCUUUUUGGCUGUUUCUUUACCUACUUAAUUUACCACAAACUCAACCCUUUUUGAAUUGUUUCCAGACAUACCCGGCUAUGAGUAUGUUGAGCAUGACAGUAGCUCCCACGGCAAUUGCUGCCAGCUCUCCAACCUGUAAGACGUCAGAAAGUAGUUCAUAGUCUGUCUUGUUAAAUGAUACCAAACGUACUCGAAUUCAUUGCAAAACUUUUUUCUUUUAUAUUGUCACCGCCCUCUCCCCCCACCCCUUCCUUAAAUUAUUUGUUUGGUAAAACUAACCUAGUAUCCUUAGGUGCAUGUCACACUAUAUAGUACUGGCUUGUUCAUAUGAAUGUUGACUGUGAUUUGUGACCAUGGGCCCUGGUUUUUAAUUUGCUCUUCCUGUCAAUUGUUUCCUAACCCAAGUUAGUUGUUCAUAUUUUCACCCAAGCGUUGACAAGUAAUUAUUUUUUUCAAUGACUGUAGACUACUAAAUAUUCAACCAAGUGCCUUCCAAAAGUAUCCAAUUUGGACAUUCAUAGAUAAUUUUUUUUUAAUAAAAGUAGGUCUACAGUGAAAAGCUCUAGCCUCUAGCCGAAGUCGCAUAAAUCACAACCAAAUGCAAGCUUCUGUGAUGCAGGACUCUCCACCAAAUUAAAAAGCCAAUAGGUUUUUGGAAAACAGAGAGCUUGGCCCAUGUGAUGUGGCCAGAAAUAAAAUAACUCUAAAUUUAAAUUAAUAAAUAACCAUUUCUAAAUGUUAAAAAUAUUUUAGACAUAAAAUUGAGGUGGGUGCCUCUUCCCACUCCUCUUCAUGUCUAAAUCAACCUUGAUCCAAGAAAAAUGGGCAAAUUGUCUUAACAAUUAUAUUUUUAUUAUUGUUAUUGUUGCAAUUAUUAUUUUUAUUAUUCAUGGGAAAAUGGACUUGCAGGCUGCCAGUAAGUUUCUUCAUUGACUGUUGUCCCUUGGAUCUAGGAAAUAAAUGGGCACUUACAGCUCUUGUGUCGGUGGCUACUGCUGUGACAACAAACAUUAGGAUGAAGCUGAUGAUAAACUCCAAAGCGAAAGCUUGACCAUAGUUUCCAGAAGGAACAGUGACUCCCCCACCCAUUGCAGGGUGGAAAACCCACUUGAGAGCAAAUGCAGCACACAAUGAUGCCAUAACUUGUGUUGCAACGUACACAGGCACCUGCAAAAAAGAGCUCCUUGUGUCAGUUUGGAAAGCAAUAUAACAACAAUGUUCCAAACAGAGGAAGCUUAAGACCACUUAUACAUGUUUCCAUGGAAAGUGCCUCAAGGCAGCAAAGGCAAUGGUGACUGAUGGAUUGAGAUGGGCUCCUGAGAUGUGGCCCGUCGAGAGGAUGAUGAUCAUAACAGCGAGGCCAUUGGAGGCGGCAAGGCCAAUAAGUGUUUCAGAGCCAUUUGUCUUUUGGUUCACAAUGGCCGUGGCUGUUCCUGCAAAGAUGAGUAUGAGGGUACCUAUGAACUCGGCUCCCACCUGGUUUUGGCAUCAGCUCAUGAGCGACAACACAUGAUUCAAAAAGGGUUCAGUCCUAAUUUUAACCUUUGGUAUAAGAAACAAAUCUUCCUCAUGUAUGUUAUGUACCUUUCUUGCUAGAGAGUUGGAAGGAGGUGACAAUGAGCAGGAGACACUUGGCAAACUCUCUUCUUCCCCAGACCAUGCUGGGACACUGAAACAUUUGCAGCUCUUAAGAAGCGAUCUUCUAUAACUCCCAUUUCUCUCUGUCUUGAAGCUGCCAAAGAGAGGAGCCCCGGGUGUGCCUGGGGUUGCAGGUGUCGAGGGAGCCGAAUUAACAUCUUCAGUGAAGUCCAUCAAUGCAGACAGACAAAGAAGUAAGAACGGGCUGGAAAAGGGUAUAAUAGAGACAAGCGAAUGGGAGGGAAGCUGGAGAUUUUAUGCAAUCUGUGCUCCCCUCAUUUGAAGUGGCACUGUGCUUUCUUUAUUUAGUAGCAAGGGAAGUUGACUCAGAGAAUCCCUAGAGGACGAGACAGCCAGUGGUUGGAGGCUUGAAGCUGAAGAAUGGAGGGGAUGGGCAUGGAGUAGAGAUGGUGGGACAUUAAGAGUGCUCUUGAUCUGGGACUUCAAAAGGGGCUUUUAGACACAAAUGAUAGCUUCCCUGUCUUUGCCUCACUAAAGCUUUUAUAAUUGAGGCUUUCAUUAAAUUAUGGAGUAAACCACCCUAACAGCUAACUUAGAUGUCGAAGAGAAACACUUUGGUGUCGGUUUGUGUGCCCGUCAGCCUGUGUGUGAGAAGAGAGUUUUUGUUUUUCUGCCAAUGCAGAUGACAUUGCAUUUUUUAAAAGGCACAAUACUAUCUUAUAUUUUUAUCAACAUUAUUGGGAUCAUUUAACCUAUGUAUUAGUGGGUGGCAAUGUAUAAAUUUUGGGAUUUGUCUUCUA